UAAAAAAAGUCUGACCCUGUUUUUAUUUGAAAUGUGACCUAAAUGACCUAAUUAUGGCCAAUUAAUAUAUUUUCUUUACAAGGCUACAACUUAAGCAAUAUACAGUGCAAUGUAUUUUUAAAAAAUGUGUUCAAAACAAGUGAUCAUUGAAGCAUUAUAAUUUAAUAACGAUAAUUUUAUUUAUUUAUUAAGUGAAAAUCAAUUAUUUAUAAACAAAAAAUCUCCUUCUGGAUCUCUUAGUACAAUUUCGUGAUUUGUUAAAUGGUAUUUUACAGCCUGUUAAAAAUAAUUUGUAAAAAAAUAUAUUCUUGUUAUCUAACGAUUUGAGAUAUUUACCUAAAGUUUUUAUUAAUUUUGUCAAUUAAAAUCUAUAAAAUGUCGUUUGUAAAGUGUUGCUUUGAAUCGGGCGAGGGACAUGAUUUUCUGGACUCCUUUGUUCAGAAGUGCACAGACCCUGGAUGCUGCUGCGGCUGCUGCUCAGCGCUGCGGCCUCGCUACAAGCGGCUGGUGGACAACAUAUUCCCUGCAUCGCCCCAGGAUGGGCUCGUCAAGUCCAACAUGGAGAAGCUCACGUUCUACUCCCUGUCCAGCCCCGAGAAACUGGACAGGAUCGGGGAAUACCUGUUCCAGAAAGCUUCCAGGGAUAUCUAUCGGAGGAGACAUGGUUUCGUAAUAAUCGCCAUGGAGGCCAUGGACCAGCUCCUACUCGCGUGCCACUCGCAAACCCUCAACUUAUUCGUGGAGAGCUUCCUCAAGAUGGUGCAGAAACUGCUGGAGUCCACCGACCCUCAGCUGCAGAUCUUGGCUACGCAAAGCUUUGUCCGCUUCGCGAACAUAGAAGAGGACACCCCAUCGUACCACAGGCGGUACGACUUCUUCGUAUCAAAGUUCUCGGCGAUGUGCCACAGCAACCACAGCGAUGCGGUCACCAGAGACAAGAUACGGCUGGCCGGGAUACAGGGGUUGCAGGGUGUCAUCAGAAAGACAGUGUCGGAUGACCUGGUGGAGAACAUUUGGGAAGCGCAGCACAUGGACAAGAUUGUCCCCUCGCUACUUUACAAUAUGCAGACUGCGGAAAAAUACGAGACAGUGUCUUGCAUGGAAACGGACACGCGUGACGGAGCGGAGGAGACGCCGCCGCGACUAGCGGAGGCCUGUCUGAGAGAACUAGUGGGCCGCGCGUCCUUCGGGCACAUCCGCAGCGUGCUCCGGCCCGUGCUCACACAUUUUGACCGCCACGAACUGUGGGUGCCAAAUGAUUUCGCCGUGCACACUUUCAAGAUUAUCAUGUUCUCGAUCCAGGCGCAGUACUCCUACAGCGUGGUAGAAUCUCUUAUGCAACACUUAGAUGCGAGCGGGCCGAGCGCGAGCGAUGCUCGUGCUAGGACGCGCGUGCGCGCCGCACGAGCCGCCGUGCUUAGCAAUAUAGUCGCUAUAGCCGCUGGUGACAGUGUGGGCCCAUCAGUUUUGGAGAUCAUUAACAACUUGCUGACUAAUCUACGAGCUUCAGUUGCUAGAGAUUCUGAGAAAGAAACAGACGAGAAGUUAUAUCAAGAAGCGCUCAUCAAUGCGUUGGGAGAAUUCGCUGACCAUCUCCCAGACUUCCAGAAGAUCGAUAUCAUGAUGUUCAUCAUCAGCAAAGUGCCUAGCAGCCAGCGAGGGAAGAGUACCAAGGCUGACGCCAUGCUGCAGACUAUACUGCUGAAGUCGCUGCUCAAAGUGGGCACAACGUACAAGACAACAGAACUCAGCAAGGCAUUCCCUGCAGCAUUCCUAGAAGCAUUACUCCGAGUUUGCCACGCGAGCGAACCCGCGGCGCGCGCUAUACUGCAGCGUAUACUACACACGCUGCUGGACAGACACGGGAAUUCGCCCGCGCUUAUAACGCCGCAAUUGGAAUACGCGGAAUUAGGCCUGUCCGUGGAGAAAUGUUCCCGCCAAGAUCUGAUCUUUAUCAGCAAGCAUGGCUACGCGAUCUUCAGUUCAUUAUAUGACGGUUUACAACUGGAAUCGAACACGCUAGAGAACAUAGAAGCGAUAUACACAACGCUGGCCCUACUGAUCAUCGAACUGGCGUGCGAGGAGACUGUCUGUGACAUACUACAGCUGGUACUCGCCAUCCAGCAGUCAGCGCUGUCCAACCCGGUGCUGGGAGUAGCGCAGCAGUGCCAACUGCACGCGCUGGUGGCUUCACUUCUAGCGCUGCUGCCACACGUUAUGCGUCUGCAGCGCCUUGGGGACUACGUGCACAAGAUCAUCGAAUCCCGGAGCUCGGAAGCACCUCAAUUACUGCCGCCACUACGCAGCGAGUAUCCACAGCUGGCACCCGCAGACAUGCCUUCCAGCCUGCCCUACCUCAUGGUGGACCAGAUGGCAGUAUGCGAAUGCCUGAAGGCAAGUGGAGUGGAAUCAGCUCGUCUGCAGGCCGCUGCCCCGUAUGCAGGAGGCGCGGCCUUGUCUCUGGCCCACCGUCAUAGCUGGGUGGAAGCUGGAGCAGCACAAGGCCGCGACAGUUUAGCUGAUAUCGCAGCCGGGCCCGCGGCGGAGCCCGAUAGCGCUAACAGCUCGCCGGGUGUGCAGAGACAGCCGCAGCACGACGCGCUGGACGAGGAGUACCGCAUGUUCAUCAAGAAGUACAACCACAACCACCGCCCCACCAUGCAGAACUUUGGCACUUAUCAGCCGCAGCACGACGCGCUGGACGAGGAGUACCGCAUGUUCAUCGAGAAGUACAACCACAACCACCGCCCCACCAUGCAGAACUUUGGCACUUAUCAGCCGCAGCACGACGCGCUGGACGAGGAGUACCGCAUGUUCAUCGAGAAGUACAACCACAACCACCGCCCCACCAUGCAGAACUUUGGCACUUAUCACCCAAUGCAGGCCGAGAGCGUAAGCCUGGAGGCCUUACGGCGGGCCGCCGGCGGGCCCUCCGACGCAGAACGUCGGGAGGCCGAGCGCCGUCGUGCCACACUCAAUAAUGCCUUCCGUACGGCCCCAUUCCAGCAUCUAAGGGAGAUCACGCAGCCUAAGUACGAGAUCAAAGACAAGCUAGAGGAGAUCUUUAACUCUAUAUCGGAGGAGCCUUUACUACCAGCCUCGGGGUCGUGCUCGCCCGGCGGACAGACCAAGUCCUACCAGCAACACGUGCCGGCUUACACCAAGUAUUUUCCGGAGCUGUUCUUGUACUAGACGUUGAAGUAUGAAGGAGGAUCACGAGCGUACUCGAGUAAUAAUGCUUCCACAGCUUACUGCCAUUAAGCAUUAGGCAUAACGCUUAGCCCAUUGCCAGGUAAUGCACAUGACAGUUAUUUACUGUAAUGGACACCCUAGUCAAUUGACAUACUUUUUAUGAGCUG